AUAAAAUUGGCAGACGACUUUUUCAUUUUUAGACCUAUAAAAGAAAUCUUCAUAAUCUAGCGAUGGAUGAACCACGGAUGUUCCAAAUCAUUCAGAAUACCAGUAUAAGUAAUAUACAUCCUCUAAAUGAAACAGUAUUUAAUGAAACCAUUACAUCAACGUCACAGUCGCCUCUUAAAACAGCUGCCGAUUUCAGUGUUAAGAUUACACUUAUACUUGUAAUGCUUGGAAUGGGUAAUACUGUUGAAAUAAAGAUUCUUAUUGGUCACCUCAAAAGGCCAAUUGGAAUCGCUAUUGGAAUGCUCUCGCAGUUUGUUGUUCUUCCAGCUGUUACAUUUGGUCUUGCGCAUGCUCUUCAGCUACCACCAAUACCAGCACUUGGCAUGCUUGUGAUUGGAUGUUGCCCAGGAGGUACUACUACAAAUGUCUUUUCUUACUGGACAGAUGGAGAUGUAGCUCUCAGCAUUUCUAUGACAGCUGUAUCAACAGUUCUUGCCAUGGGUAUGUUGCCAUUAAACCUCCUUAUCUACAGCAGGAGCUGGACAGAUCAACCUUUGAUCAUACCAUACGUUAACAUACUUAUAUCUUUUGGACUUACAUUAGGACCGGCUCUUCUUGGAAUCUUCAUCAGAUGGAAAUUCUCAAAGGUUGCUGAUGUUCUCGUCAAGAUUGGAUCUGUGGCAGGUGCAUUAGCAAUACUAUUGCUUCUUACUUUACUUAGUAUACAAUAUCCCUUCAUGUAUCAUUCAACAUGGAGGAUAUAUAUUGGUACACUAAUUCUCCCGUUUGCUGGUUUUCUUUUCGGGUACCUAGUAGCGCUACUUCUACGCCAGGAUCACGUGAGAUGUAGGACAAUUGCCUUGGAGACGGGUAUACAAAAUUUCCCGCUUUGUAUGAGCUUGUUAACGUUGACAUAUUCCAAUGACGUGUUUGCAGAAAUUUCUCUGUUUCCAUUACUUUAUGGUGUAACAUGUAUACUUUGUAGCUUAGUCUUUUUAGGAAUUUAUAGGUUAGUGGAAAGAAUGAAACUAUAUAGAAAAUAUAAGAAAAGUUCAAGUACAGAGACACCCGAGGACAAAGCUGUCAACUCCGCUUUGGAAAUUAAAUCCGACAAUGUAGAGAUACGUGUAUAGCAGGAAAUGCAUUAUCGAUGAAAUUUGAAUCUCAAUUCAUAUUAUUUGACGCCUAGAUCAAAUACAUAUUUAUAUGUG